AUGGUUUAGAUAAACAACUUUGCAAGUCAAUAAUAAAUUAUUCUUGAGUACUGAUUAAUAAUAAUGGAUGAAGAAACAUUAAACAGACUUGCUGCAGAAGCGCUAAUUGAAGAAGCCAAAUUAGGAGCAAGAAGAGCAGAAGUUAUGGGACCAAGUGGUUGGAUAAAACCCAAAGAGACAGUGAACAAAAGAUUUUUACACUCGACAAUACGUAAUGUCAUAAUAUCAAAUAAGCACCGUCACAAAGACAGCAAAUCCAGUAGCAACGACCGUGACAGUUCCAGAUCAAGUAAAAAAAAUUAAUUAAGUGAAAAAUAAUUAUAGUUAAUAAAUAAGUGCAGUCUUAAUAAGAAACAUUUAAACUAGAUUUAUUUUUUCUAUAAAAAAGAUGAUAACAAAUUGUUAAUUUCAUUAAUAUAUAUAUACAAAGAAACAUAUACUCAUAUAUAUGUAAUUUUUUAAUUUCACUUUUAACCAGUCACCAAUUAUAUAUAUAUAUAAAAAUAUUUAUAUAUUUAUAUGUAAAUAUAUUUAUAUUUAUA